AAUAAAAAUAAAAUACAACAAAAAUAACAACGGCAAUAAAAAAUAUAAACAACAACAACACCAAAAGUAAUAUCAGAAAUAUCAGUGCUUUAACAACAACAAAUAAAUAAGUAAAACCCGAAACAAAUUCCGUAUGCAAACAAAUGUGUUAAAAGUACGAAAAUAACCAAAUUUCGGCCGGAAGCAGAGGCUAACGGAAAUUUGCCGGACUGCAGUGCGGAAGUCAGUGCAAAGAUCCCAAAGGCAACAGCUGCGGCACUUAAUCAUAGACUAAACCAAUAAAAAAAAAAACAAGUGAAGCGACUUCAUAGCCGCCAACUGCCAAGCGUCAACCAGUGACAGCUACUGCCAAAGUAAUCCGCUUGGCAACAGCUGUCACCACUCAGCUCAGUACGGAAAAUGUUUCCCCGCCUGCCCGGUCCAAUUGGAGCGGAUAUCUUUCUCGGUGCCACCACCACUGUGCGCACAGUGUUCCCGAACUCGCGUCUAGACUCGCUAUCCGGCAACAGCGGCGGUGGCGAUGGCGGCAACAACGCGCAAAAUGCGCAUCAUCACACGCACCUCAACCACCACGACGGCACCGCCACACCAGCGCCCGCUUUCGGCAAUCAGCUGCAAUCGCCGUACGACUCGACCAACACCAAUAACUUCGCGGCCACAGCGACGUUGGAUGCGGACAGUGGCGGUGGCGGUGGCGGUGGCGGCGUCAGCAGCAGCUUCAGUCCACUAGGUGCCGCAGAUGCGGCGCAUAAUAAUUACCUGCCCGAAGACGAUGCAGACUGGUGGUCGAAUGCCAUCGAAGAGGACACUUUCGACUCGCCGCUCGCGUUCGAUAGCAGCGAGAAUGGUUUGUGGAAUGGGCGUUUUGUACCGCCACCACCACGCCCACCAUUUCUGGAUGACGGCGUCGCCGCGGACGGACUUACCACCUGUGAUUUAUGUACGUGGGCAUGGCAGCGCAAUGCCUACUCGCUAGAUGGAUCGAUUGAUCACGCCGGCGAACUGGGUUGGGCGUUCACCUUAAUCAUAGUUUCAAUCAUAUCAGCUCUUAUAGGUGCUAUUGUAAUGGUCAUAGUUCUAAGGUGUAGAAGAAUAAAAUCAGCGAACGGUAAUGCUGGUCGCACACAACCGUGGUGGUGUCGUAACAAUCGCAAUGGCGGCUCGAAUGGUCGUUCCACACUCUCGAUCAAGCAUCAAGCCGACAGCAUAAGAAGACGUCCGAAUAGCAAUUCUGGUGUUUGGUCAUGGAGUCGCCGCUCAUCAGCUAGUCCAGAUCAAAUUGGACCACCGUCUUCGUCGCCUGCCGAAAAUCAUUAUACACACAUGGACGAUGCAUAUAGUCCAGUUAAUGAGGCAUUGUACGCUGAAUUGGAUCGCGAAUCGGUACGUUCGGCAAAUCCGUCAUAUCAAAAUACGGCCUACAGUCAGUGUGGUGAGAAAUACAAUUUCCAACAACACGAGCAAGACAUUCCGAUGGUGGUGUCAUCAGCGCCCAGCAGCGCCUAUUAUUCCGACCUCUCGGUGACCGCCAUGCCAGGCGGCGGCAAUGAGCGUGCCUACGAAAUAGUCGGCCUCACGGUCAUGUCACAACCACUGCCCAACUGGGAAGGCAGCAGCGGCGGCGGUGGCGUCUUGGGGGUAGGUGUUGGCGGUACAAUGGGCCCCCUCGGCAGCGGCGGGCCAAACGAAGCCUCGCAACGGCGCAUACCACGCUUGGCGGCCAUCAAUGAGACAAGCACAAGCACCGUGGCGGCAACAGUGCCCUCAGACUAUGUAUGAGAUACGGAGGAUGAGCGGCAGUGCGAAGAGGGUGUAUAGCGAUUUUAAAAAGAGUUUAAUGAAAUUGUUUUCGAAUAUGCACUGGGACGAAGUGUAGCAUACUUUACGGGCGUUAGUUGUUAAGAAUGGCAACAGUAGCUUGCUGGAGAGGCAAAGUAGCAGAGAAAUGUAAAAAAGAAAUCAUAUUUAAGGCAGAAAAACGAAAGUGGAAAUUCAACGAGCUUAUAUUUGUUAAUAAAUAAUUUAUUGUGAAUUAUUCGAAACUGUUGAAACAGUGAGAUUCUUGAAAGCAUAAAGCGCUAUUUAUGUAGAGUUAUAUUAGAUUAAAAUUAUAUUAUAUAUGUAUACAUAGAAUGUAUCUUUGAGGUAAAAAUAAUGUUAAAGUGCUUACGAAUAUUUAUAGAAUUGCUACAUUAUGGUAUGAAAUGGAGGGUAAAGCAACAAAAUAAAACAAAAAAAUUAAUUAUUGUAAUUAUUCUAUUGUAAUUGAGUUAGUAUGUAGGUCUGUUAAGAUUUAACGAUUUAAUCGUUGGUGAUAUUUAGCCUAAAUAUUUAGUGUGGACACAAAGAUGUGCAAAUUGGCGUUAAAAUACGAAAGUAAACUUUGUAUAUGAAAAGCGGUAUACGUUUAGAAAAAAAUACACACACACAAACGUAUACAAAGAUGUUUUAGAAUUAGAGACAGCUAUCUAUGUAUACAAUGUAGAAGCAAGAAAAGAAAAAUUACAAAAAAAAAUAUUAAAAAAAUAUAUACAAAA